AUGACGCGUUCUCCAACUUUGAUUCUCUCGCACUUAAUUAAAACUAAAAUCCUAGAAGAUAAUGGUGCGGAUGAAGUCCUAACAUUGCUUGAGCAUGAUGCUGCAUCUUCCAUCGCUGUAACAACUGUUUCUUCUUUCUCUACCGAUGGAAGUUUCCCAAGACUUGACUCAGAAUUCAAAAUAAACUGGAUGAUGCAAGCUAUAGCGUAUUGCUUUUCAUUAUCAACGCUAUAUCAAGAUGCUAUUUCAACAGCUUUAGAUAUCUUUCAUCGCUGGUUGACUAGCUCUAACUUUUUCAAGGAUAAAGAAACACACAACAAGUAUGCUCAACAAAUCUUUCGUUACAUGUCAUUAGUUGUUGAUUUUCAAAAUGAUAAUUUAUAUCCAGGUGCAAGACAGAAACUGAUUGAAAAAUUGCAGCGUGUUUUACGUGAUUGCAUUACAAAAUCGAGUUAUUUCGACGAACAAACAUGGGAUACUUUAAUUCGUGUCCUAAUUGGCUGUUCUGACUUCCUAACAACAGAAUACAUUGUUCAAACACUGUCAGAUACUAUAAGAAUUCCUCUUCUCGAGAAAUUCUUGGAAUUGACAUUUUUAACAAUUUCUUUUUCGAAAUUGACAACAGAAACAGUUUGGGAACUAAUCAGGAAGUAUAUCUCAAAGUGGGCCUUUAUUGAACAGUUUAUGCAUAAAUGGAGCCUCGCAAUCCAAAACGAAUACGAAAUAAUUCUGACAACUUUAUUUAACGAUAAACUACAGAAGAACGAGAACAUUGAUAGGAAUAUAAUAUCCGGUGCUGCUUUCCGUAUCUCCCAGUACACAAAUUCCGUCAAUCCUGAUGAAAUUUCCAAAGAAAUUCCGUUAUUUACCAUUUUCUCUCUUAUGUUUGAAAAACUGAUGAAGAUCAGUCAGAACUUUGUUGAAAAGUGCAAAGACCUUUAUAUUCCUCGUUUUCCGGCAGAUUUGUAUUUUUCAUUAUUUGGCAAAAACAUUUUUGAGCCAUUUGCCAAGUACGAUCCUGUUCUCCUUAAAAUCCACUCAUCCAUUCUUAUGUUCAUUUGCGGUUCCUGGGACCUUUCCAACUCAAAAUGGGAACCAUACGUUUUGACAAUGGUUUUGAAGUCAAUUAAAGAGCAGAUGAAGUUCAUAACGGUUAUGACAGGCUACCAGUUACUGUCAGGAUACAUGAAUGACCAAAUUGUCGAUUCAUUUUUGAAUAUGUUAGUUGCACCAAAUCCAGUCUUCUAUACAGAUGAAAUUUAUUACUACAACUAUGCAAUUAUUAUACAGCAGUUGUCAGAAGUACGCUUAAUUGAUCAAUCAAUUUUCAGAAAUAUUAUUUCUGGAACGGAAGAAGCCAGAACGAUGUCUCUUGUAUUUAGCAUUGUUUCUAAGCAAGAUCCAUCUCUUUUCGUUGAAGAAUUGGCUAAAGUUAUUAACAAAUAUUCUUCAUCUUCUUUUGUUGAGAAUAUCAUACUUAAUGUCAACUUAAUUGUUGCAGCUUCCAUUCCAUUUAAUGAUAUUUCACUCAAACCAUACAUGGACAUUGUUCUUCCUGUGAUUUCUGAAAGAGGAUAUUCAAAUUCUGCUCUUCUUAUGUCAUUUUUAGUUCUUGUUGCACAGAUAUCACUGAUUGGCAACCAAGUUCUCAAAUCUGAUUUUACUGAGCAGUUUGUUCAAUUCGCUGACCAAAAUCAAAAUUCUGGUGUUAGCCGCUACAUCAAUUAUACUGUUGGAAUGCUUUGUGCGCUUCCUCUUGAUACAUCCCUUCUUAACAAUACCUCGUUUAUCCGUGCCGUUCCUCCAAAAGUAGAUGACAGAUUAUUAUUAAAGCCUGUGUUCUCAGUUCUUGUCGGAGAUGAUCAUUUGAUCUUUCUUGCAGGCGAUAAGACCCGUAAAUCGUCAUUUAUUGUUCACAUUAGAGAACCAAGGGGUUCAUUUGCCUUCGAAUUAACAGAUGAACCAGCCCCGAACAAUUUAUCAGAGAUACCAAAGCCAUCUGAUCUUCAUCUACCUCCUUCCACCGCUGUCAAUCCUGUUGAAUCAGAUCCAUGCAGAAUUGAAGGGGCAGAAGACAGAAUGAUGAAGGUCCAUGCAACAGAUAAAAGCUAUUCAGAGCCAAAUACCAAGAAAUACCAGCAUAUUUCCAUUCGUUCUGAACAAAAAGACGAUGAAGAAGGAAAAUUAGUCAUGUUACGCCACAAAUUCAUUGAUUUCCUGUUCCAAACUGGUCUCCAGAACAAUAUUUACAAGGUAGAUGAUGAAUUAUCUGUCAUUAAACAGUUCGAUGUGAUCGAAUCUGUUCCUAUCAUUCCAAUCAAGCUUAUCCACUUAUCCCAUGAGAAAAUUGAUGACGAAACACCUUCAUAUUCACGUUUCAAACAGAGUUUGGGAUCAUUAUUCAUUAAUAAUAAUCUUAUUUCGGAGAAUGGCGGAUCAUUACAGAGCAGAGUUGCUGAUAUGGGUGUUUGCAGGCUUAAUUUCGAUGCCAGAAACACUGAAUCAGAAAUAGCCGUCAUUUUCUCAGAAUCAUCAAUGAAUUUGAACACGAAAUCGCCAGAUUUCCCUCACCACAAGCUCACAAUCAUCGUAGAGCAACAUUCAGCAGAUGGAUACAGGAUCAGCGUUCUUUCUACGAGGAAAGCUUUCGUUUGGACAGAACCUGAAUUCAGAUUCAUCAAAUCAGCGAAUAUUGGAAAGGAAAUUGCAUCAAUUGCGUUCAUCUACUUCAUGACUGUUAAACCAGAGUCUGUUUUCAAAUCAAUAGAAAUGAGGAACGAAUUCUUCCAGAAAUUGAACAAAACAGCUCUGAAUCCUUUCGAAAUUGCAAAUAGUCUUCCACCUGAUAAUUUCAAACCAAUUUUGGUUUGA